AACCUCCAAAACUUACCCAAUUGAGAAACUUUCCGCCAGAACGUUCCAAACACAAGGGACAAUUUCAGAACAAGAAAUGGCUUCCAGAGGUCUUGAGACGAGUUUAAUCCUGGUUCUUGUGGCAGUGCUAUUUGGCGGAGCCGCCGCUCAAUCAGGCUGCACCACUACACUCAUCAGCUUGGCUCCAUGCCUAAACUACAUUACCGGAAACUCAUCUUCUCCAUCCUCUUCGUGCUGCUCACAACUGGCCAGCGUCGUUCAAUCAUCCCCACAAUGCCUCUGCUCCGUCCUCAACGGUGGUGCCUCAUCAUUCGGUAUCACCAUAAACCAGACCCUUGCUCUGGCACUCCCCGGUGCUUGCAAUGUUCAAACUCCACCAGUUAGCCGAUGCAACGGUACUGCAACACCUACAGCUCCAGCAACUUCACCGGCAGCUUCUCCGGCCGAUGAAACUCCAGUUGGUGCUGCUACACCGUCAGCAUCAAAGACUCCUUCAGAUGCAGGAAGCACAGGGUCUAAAACAGUGCCAUCAACAACAGCAGAAUCAUCUGAUGGAAGCAUAGCAAGAGCCCCUGUUCAUCUGGUUCUCUCCCUUGUCUUCAUCGCGGUGUGUGCUUCGACUUUCACCAAAUUCUGAGACAGAGUCUUCCGCAGAGACAUUCCCCCUGUUAUGUUUUGAUGAUUCUUCUAACCCUGAUUUAGUGAUUGCUUAAUUUAUAGUGAUUCUGUUUCUCUCUCUGGGAAUGUGCUUGUCUUGUAUUCUAUGUGUGUCUAUCGCUUCUUUGAUUGAGUUGUUAAUAAAAGAAUAAAGGACUCUUGUCAUG